AAGCCUGCAAUAUGGAAACAAUCUUGUACCGAAUUCUAUUUUGUUCAAUGUGGAUCAUAGACAAUUUGCAGGGAACAAUGCUCCAGAAUUAGGCUAUUGGUUUGUCUUAGCAAAGAAUGCUCCUGAAAUUUAUGGUUGCGUGCAGCAAUUUGUAUCAGGCAACAAUAUCACUCCCACCUAAAGACAAUGCUAAUCCUACAAUUUCUCGUAGAAUCCAGUGACGAGAUUGUUGGCCCACUCCAAUGAACUCUUGAAGAAGAAGAAAAGAACAACUUAGAUCAUAUGUGCAGUUUCAUCAGCCUUACUAAGAUGCUGUCAGCUCGGUGGAAGUUACACUUGGAACAAAGCCCCAAGUGCAGGACAAGAGCAAUCAUGGUGGUGGUGCAGUCUUCGUGCUCAAGAAUUCAUUUCAUUCGGUGCUCAAGUUGGUGCCACUUCAGACCUUCUCUAUCCAUAUCCGAUACCAUUAACUCAUGGGAAGAAGGAAAAAAGGUAAAUCUUGAAAGGAGUCCCGUGGGAUGGGGUGAGACGGAUCUCGCGGUUCCAUCUUCAUCAUGGAUUCUGAUUCUGAAAGUAAUAAGUUGAUGUGUGCAAUCUUUCUCUUGGGUGGGUAAUGCUCUUUUCCUGCUUGGGGUUGACUCUCUUUGGUUAAAGGUCAACAACUUGCUAGUGGAGGGUUUGUGGUGGAAUGCAAAAGACAAUGUCACGUUCUCUACCAAAUUUCACUGUACCAUUGUUGUCUUACCCGAAACCCCACCAGAAGCAGACACCUUUCUGUAUGUGAUCAUUAUUCACACACCUGGAUUUCAUGGUGAAGAACUUGGAGAUUCCUUGCCAUAUAUAAUCCCGCAGCCGGGCAUGGCAAGAUUUGGUGAUCGGAGAACAGCAUACAUUGCAGACUAAAGCAUGCGGAGGAUGACAGUGCAACAAUCGACGGAGCAUCUCAGUGCGCCUUUUUGGACGUAGCUAAAAAGUAUGGGUGUGCGUCCACCGUCGACCGCUACCUCUUGCAUGGGAAUCGUAACCUUCGUCACAGCCGUGUGAUCGGAGGAGGACGACCGGGAGGCAACGCUGGAGUGAACUCGGGUCGUCGCUUCGCAGUGACCUCUGACAUAUCGUCUCCGACUCACGGAUUAAUGGUAGGUCAUGAGGUAGAUGAAGCCAGGGUCAGGUAGUGGAGUCCACCGGUCAUGGAGGACUCUGUGCAUCUGGGUUUCUCUUCAAUGCCAAGGACUAAAUCUAACAGAGCAUGCAGUGCUGUUGCAGUGCAGAGGCAGCAUCACUGCAUCAUCAGCCUCGCUGCAACAACUACAAAAGGGAGUUGAUCUCAUCUCCAGCUCAAAGAAUGACUCUAAGUCCCCACUCCACUACAAGCCUUGGCAGCAGAAUACAACUCUGUCUCAGACCCAAAGAGUGGGAAGAAGAAACCAUGGCUUCCUCCUCCGCAGCUCACCAAACUCUCCUCCUGACUCUCUUUCUCUCCUUUGUCAGUGCCCUCAGCUCUUCCUCUGAAUCAGACCUCCUCCUCACCUUCAAGUCCUCCAUGGAGGACACUACCUUGGCUCUAUCCGACUGGUCCCCGAACUCCACGAACCACUGCAACUGGACUGGCAUCACUUGCUCCAAGACCACUUCUCUGGUCACCUCUGUGGAUCUUCACGGCCUCAACCUCACCGGUGACAUCUCUCCUUCCAUCUGCCAACUCCCUCAGCUCUCCGACCUCAACCUUGCCAACAACUUCUUCAACGAGGCCAUCUCUCUCCGGCUCUCCGAGUGCACCAGACUGGUCACUCUCAAUCUCAGCAACAAUCUGCUUUGGGGAACAUUUCCUGACCAAAUAGUUCUGCUCUCCAGUCUAUCUACGCUCGAUCUCAGUAGGAACCGCAUUGAAGGCCAAAUACCCGUCCGCUUGGGUUCCUUGGAGCGGCUCCAAGUUCUCAACUUGGGAAGUAACUUGUUCUCAGGUAUCAUCCGUCCCCCUGUUUUCAGAAACUUGAGCGAGCUAGUCCUUCUUGACUUGUCGCAGAAUCCAUCUUUGGCAUCUGAACUGCCUCGAGAAAUUGGGGGGCUGGCUAAAUUGAGAUGGCUUAAGAUGCAAAGAUCUGGUCUUUAUGGUGCGAUUCCUGAAUCCUUCAUUGGUUUGCAUGAGCUGGAGGUUUUAGACCUUUCCCAGAAUAAUUUGACAGGACAAAUCCCUUCGGGGUUCGGGUUGGGUUUUCUGAAGUUGACUGCUCUGGAUUUCUCACAGAAUAUGCUUUCUGGAUCAUUUCCAGCUGAUGUUUGCUACGGGAAAUCUCUCAAACAACUCAGUCUUCUUGAGAACUCCUUCACUGGUCCAAUACCUUACAGCAUUGAGAAAUGCCUGAGCCUCGAGAGGUUUCAAGUGCAGGACAAUGGCUUUUCUGGAGAACUUCCAUCUGGUUUGUGGUCACUGCCAGAGUUGAAGCUUGUCCGAGCUGAAAACAACCAGUUCUCAGGUGAGAUGCCCGAUUUGGCUGGAGUUCUUUCUCAUCUGGAGCAAGUUCAGAUUGAUAACAAUAGCUUCACGGGGAGAAUUCCUGGAGGUCUUGGAAUGAUUCGCACGAUGUACAGGUUUUCAGCUUCGCUUAAUGGUUUCUCCGGUGAUCUCCCUGCUGAUAUUUUCAAUUCACCGGUCUUGAGUAUCAUAAAUUUGUCCCACAACUCGCUCACAGGGUCAAUUCCAGAGCUCAGGAACUGCAGAAAGUUGGUCUCGUUUUCCUUAGCAGACAAUAGUUUGACCGGAAACAUCCCACCUUCUCUUGGACACCUACCAGUGUUGACAUACAUUGACAUUUCCAGCAAUAGACUCAGCGGUGAGAUCCCACCAGAGCUCCAAAACCUGAAACUUGCACUGUUCAAUGUUUCCUUCAACCAGCUAUCAGGAAGUGUUCCAACUUCUCUGGUUUCUGAUCUUCCAGCUUCAUUCUUACAGGGAAAUCCCGAUUUGUGUGGCCCUGGGUUGCCAAACCCAUGCAAUGGGUCACUAAAAAGACGAAACUCUAAGACCAUUGGAUUGUUCUGGGCGGCAAUUGUGGUAUCCAUUGCUGUUGGUUUCACAGUCUUAAUUGUGGGGCUUUAUGUGGUGUGCAGGAUGUUACGAGGAAAGCCCAGAUCUGGAACAUGGAAAUCGGUAUUCUUUUACCCUCUCGGGAUUACAGAAGAGGAGCUGCUUAUGGCUUUAGUUGAGAAAAAUGUGAUCGGUGAAGGUGCUUUUGGCAAAGUUCACGUCCUUCAGCUACCUGGGGGAGAAUUUGUUGCCGUUAAGAGGCUACUAAACUCCAGUAACUUGUCUUUCAGAAUAGUGAAGGCUGAAAUUAAGACAAUGGCCAAAGCCAGGCAUAGGAAUGUCACCAAGUUGUUGGGCUUUUGUUACUCCAAAAGCACAAUUCUUCUUAUUUUUGAGUACCUGAAAAAGGGUAGCUUAGGAGAUGCCCUUCAUAAACCAGGCUUUUCGCUAGAGUGGAGUUUUCGCCUCAAACUGGCUAUUGGAUCCGCACAUGGCUUACUGUACCUUCACAAAGAUUAUGUCUCACAGAUACUUCACCGGAACAUGAAAUCUAAUAAUAUCCUUAUUGGUGAUGGUUUUGAGCCAAAGAUAACUGACUUUGGCCUUGAUCGUAUAAUCGGGGAGACCUCAUACAGGUCAUCAGUAGCUUCUGAGUUGGGUAGCUAUUGCUAUAUGCCUCCAGAGUAUGGCUGCAGUAAGAAACCAACAGAACAAAUGGACAUAUACAGCUUCGGCGUGGUGUUACUGGAACUUGUUACCGGAAGGCCAGCUGAGCAGCCGGAAGUUAGGGAGUCCCUCGAUGUCGUCAAGUUUGUAAGAAGGAAGGUGAACAUGACAAAUGGAGCUCUCCAAGUAUUAGAUCCCAAGAUCUCCAGUUCAGCACAGCAAGAGAUGUUGGAGGUACUCGAACUUGCUCUUCGAUGCACUUCUAUAUUGCCUGAGAAGCGACCAGCAAUCGUCGAGGUUGUCCGAUCCUUGCAGUCGCUUGAGCCAAUCGCCCACCCUCCAAUGUUUUCCAGUGAGUUGCCUUCUGCCGAAUAAUGUACAUAAAGAAUCAUCUGCCUUUGCUAGUGUUCUAAUAUGCAGGAGUGCAAGAAGGAAUAGAGGUUUUGUAUAGCAGAACUUACAUUGCUUUUGCUGCUGCUUUUCCCUGAUGGCUUGUACAGUGAAAAUUAGUAAUUUGGAGUGGUAUUUCCAUUAA